UUUGAUGUAUGCUUUUUUAACACUGAUGAAAUAAGAAAUGAUUUAGGAAACAUAUAUGAGACCCUCUGGGUGACUUGAAGUAAAUCACUUAACCUCCUUGAGUCAUCUAUAAAAUGAUAAGUAUAAUCUCUGAAUAGACUAUUUGACUGCUUAUAUCUAUUGCAGUGAAAGCCAAAUAAAUGUUUUAUGUAAAGCUCUUUAUAUGUGCAAGGCUUACAAUAAGUUUGGUCUAUUUUAUUAUUUUAUUUUUAUUUCUGGUAAUGCAAUAUUUAAACAUGUUCCCAAAAUAGUAAAAAAAUACUCUAUUAUGAAACAUUGCAAAAUGUCAAGUUGCAUACUUUAUGGGAACAAAAUUCUUUGUAAUCAGGAUGUUGACCACAAAUUCUUCAUUUUAUGGUCAUGAAUUAAGUCCUGUUUAGUCAUUCCUGAAAAUUGUAUUUAUAAGGCUCCAUAUAUUUGCCAUUUUUCAUUUCCUCCAGAUGUACUGAGUAAACAGUCUCUUCACUGUUAUUUCCACAGUUUUAAUUUGUAUGCUAAUAUUCAGCUAUCUAAUACACAGCAUCAGAGUCCCAGGCAGAGAAUUCAGUUUUCAAAUGUCUUUCAUGGUAUAUAUGUUCCACAAAUGUAUUUAAAUAUCUGUAUCUUAAACACAUUAUGGUCCAUCCUCUCAAAUAUAGAACAUAUUUGGAAACUUACAUUGAACAAUAAAUAUAACCUAUGGUAAAAUAGAUGGUAUGCUUUGUGAUUUAUUCUUUUGAAAAUAUUUUUAAAUUCAUUGUAAAAAAGGCAAAAACUUCAGUUCAAAGACUUUUAGCACUAUCUUACUCAAAAGCACGAAGUUCACAACUUGUCAACAAAUGUGUAGCAAUACAAUAGAGCUUUUUAGGCAGCAGUGUAAUACAGUACACAUUACAAGACCAUAUACAUGGCUACAGUGUGCUAUUUAGGGGCAGUUAUUUUAAAAAAUGUUAGUAAAUACCUUAAUGAAUACAUUUCCUAUUUUACUUAUCAUUUAUAUAGGUAAUAUUUUUAUUCAGUUGAACAUUUAGUGAAAAUAGACAGUUCUAAAAGUCUUGCAUCAGUAGAGAAUUCACAAUCACACUCUUUUUUUUUUCUACAAUCUAUUCAUGGGUUAUGACCGUCGAUAUACCUUCAAAAAAUUGUAUUCCAAGCUAUAGGCACCAUGGGGGAAAGAGACUAAACAAAUGUCAUUUGAAACUGACGACAUUGUUGAAAACACAAGCAAGAGGGUUGUAUGAUAAUGGAUUCAACCCAAAUAAUGAACUUCCCAUUCUAAAAUGGUUAGAUAAUAAAUGUGUCAUUGUUGGAAUAGACUUCAAUACUAUGGAACAACUUGACAAAGUUCAACAGUGUUGGAGAAAAAAAUAGAGUAGAAACAAUGUGCCUUAGGUAUUAGGUUUCUAAAGCAAUUUCAGUCAUGGUAUGGAUAACCAUGAUAAUUGGAUUAUAAACAUUCAACUUCUAUUAGCAGGAAAAAUGGUAUUGGCUUUUGUUCACUAAAAUAAUUGACAUAUAUAUAUAAUAGAUUCAUGGGUUAUUCAAAAAUUUGUGAAUAAAAUAAGAAUGAGCUCAUAAAUUUGUUAGAUUUCAAGAGAUAUCUGCUUAACAUAUUUGAAAUAAUGCAAUGAUAAACCACUAGCAGGAAGAAAGUAUAAUGCUCUUGGACCUACUGCUGCCUAAGAUGAGCACCAAUUUGACAUGACAAGCCAUAUUAUUCUCAAAUGGCAAUAAUAUCAACAAUAUCAAAACAAGCUACAUUCUGCAAUAACAAAAACAUAUGUCAAAAGUGUAAUGUAAUAAUUUCUUUAGAGGUUUUUUCCUCCUUUUCAUCAAAAAUAAUUAUUGAACAGACCAUGAAAAUCACUUCUUUGUAUAUUGUGUAAUGUAUGAAAGGAUAUCAUAUUUUCCUAAUGUUCUGUUCAUAGGAAAGCUAUAUAUGUAAAAGAAACUACUUUGUUCCAGUGUUCUAUUUACAUAACAAUGUAUAGUUAAGUUCUGAAUCAUAAUAAAGGAUGUAUAAGCUCUGUAUUAUGGUUUAUACUAUUUAAUGAACUUAUGUCAAUAUCUGUGAAAUAUUCAGGGAACUUGGGAUUUAAGGAUUAAGGGGCUGUGCUCCUGAAGAAUACACAGGAGAUAUGUGUUCUGUACUUCAAGGGUUAACAAACUGCAACGCUCAUCAUUUCACCAAAUCAGAAGAUGUCAUCUAUGACAUUCAUAUAGUUGCUCAUGCUGAACCCUAGAACUCAUUUCAGAUUCCUCUGCCUCCCUCAAUUGCUACAUCUAAUCAGUCAGCAAGUCUAACAAUAUUAUGAGCUAAAUGUUCCUCACACAUGUAUCAUUUUCUUUAGGGUAAUCAGUAUUGUCCCCCUCCUGCAACUUGACUCCUGCAUGUAUCAUAAGCUUUUUAUCACAAACUUAUUCCUUUUUAUGCAAUAUUCAAGUCAUGAGGAAUAUAUUGUAGUGCAACAAAAAGUAUGAUUUUCUACAUACCUAUGGCUUUAUUUGACUUUUUUAUCUGACAUUCCUCAACUACCAAAUGAUGUUUCCUCUUCUAAAAUUAUAUCUUAACACAAUGCACAAACCUCAAUCAAAAUAUCUUUCAUUUAUAAGGCUGUAUCUAUGUGUAUGACUUUAUUAUUAGAGUUUAUGAAGGAAUAUCUUAAUGGCAAGGGUAAUAUCAGAGUCAUCAUGAAAUACCCAGGAAAAGAGUAGCAAUUAGUGUGAACUAAAAUUUAAUAUCUCACUCAAUAUUUAACUGAUACAGUAAUAUUAACUAUAUAUAAAUAAAAAUAAUUUCCAUUUAGCAGAUUGAAAGUAGAACUGUCAAUAGCAAUAGUAGAUGCCCAAGGAUAGUAAAAUAUUAUAUUCAACCAUUCAUUCUUAUCCUCAAAUAGUACUUUCAGUUAAAGCAUCAUUAAACAAUAGGAUGAAAGAGAUAAAAUCUAAAAAAUAUUUUAAUGAAAUAUGAAAUAUGUUUACUCCAGGAAAACUAAAAGGAAGGAUUUACUGAGGAAUAUGUUUAACAAAGAAGAAAGUUAAACAAAUUUUUAAAAAAGGACUGAUGCUAAAAGGAUCUAUUAACAAUGAAGUUUAUAAACAUAGUAGAGGGGGAAAUAAAACAGCCAGAUGGGGCAACUGCCGUUUCAUACUCGGCACAAUGUCCCAGCCACCUGCAGUAGCCACCAUGUUGUGGGCCCUACUUUCUGUGCUCUGGCUCACCGUUCAAACUCAAGCAAUAGCCAUAAAGCAAACUUCUGAACUAAAACUCCAUGAAAUAGUUCAUCCUACAAAACUACACAGUUUACACAAAAGAGAGAUCAACGGGCCAGAGAAGCAUGGUGAAGAGGAAAGAUAUGAAUCUGAAAUUAAAUAUCAGAUUAGAUUAAAUGGAGAAGAAGUCAUUCUUCAGCUACAGAAAACCAAGCAUCUCCUGGCACCAAACUACACUGAAACUUACUACACACCCAGAGGAGACGAAAUCACCAGAAGCCCUCAGAAUAUGGAACACUGUUACUAUGAAGGACACAUCCUAAAUGAGAAGAGUUCUGUUGCCAGCAUCAGUACCUGUGAUGGGCUGAGAGGAUACUUCACACAUCGUGGUCAAAGAUACCUGAUAAAGCCCCUGAAAAGCACAGAUCAGAAAGAACAUGCUAUCCUUACAUAUGACCGAGAGGAAUUGCACCCAGCAAAUCACACAUGCGGUGUGAGACAUGUUGGCAGGAAGCGAGGUCGUGUUCGAAUCUCUAGGUCACCCAAAAGUACAGAGCAAGAAGACUUUCUUCAGGCACAAAAAUACCUUGACCUGUUUUUGGUGCUGGAUAAUGCCUUUUAUAAGAUCUAUGAGGGAAAUCUAACCCGGAUGAGAAGUUUUGUAUUUGAUGUUGUGAACCUACUCAAUGUGAUUUUCGAAACCAUAGAUGUUAAAGUGGCCUUGGUAGGCAUGGAAGUCUGGUCUGAUAGUGAUAAGAUAAAAGUGGAACCCAGCAUAGGCACCACGUUUAACAACUUCCUGAGAUGGCAUCAAUCUAACCUGGGGAAAAAGAUGAUCCAUGACCACGCUCAGCUUCUCAGUGGAGCUGCCUUCAGCAACCGACGUGUUGGGAUGGCAGCAUCAAAUUCCUUGUGUUCCCCGUCUUCUGUUGCUGUUAUUGAGGCUGGAAAAAAGAAUAAUGUAGCUCUUGUGGGAGUGAUGUCGCAUGAGUUGGGACAUGUACUUGGUAUGCCUGAUAUUCCAUAUUACACCAAGUGUCCCUCCGGCAGUUGUGUUAUGAAUCAGUAUCUGAGUUCAAAAUUCCCAAAGGAUUUCAGUACUACCUGCCGCUCACAUUUUCAAGAAUACCUUUUAUCUCGAAAACCGAAGUGCCUACUGGAAUCAUCAGUUUCUCAAAAUAUAACAAAACCAGUGUGUGGGAACCAACUUCUGGAAGUGGGAGAAGAAUGUGACUGUGGCUCUCCUAAGGAAUGUGCCAGUCCUUGCUGUGAGGCUGUGACCUGUAAAUUCAAACCUGGAAUCGAUUGCGGAGACACUAAAAAGCAUAUCAUAAAAUGAGUCAAAAAGUCUACUUCAAUGAGAUGCAGCCUGGCCAAGACAACUCUCAAGAACGCUAGCUAUGCCAAGAAUCUUGCAUAUUUUCGCCUUUGUACACUUGUACUUCUUUUUCACAUGUCAUUCUACAUUCCAUAUUUUUAUCAGGUAUCUGAUACAUAAAUAUACUUAGAACAGUUGUCUUUUUUAUAAGGCCUUAUCAUACUAUAAUGUAUUUUCAAGGACCACGAAGUUUUGGCAUAGCUCUGCUCUUUAGAAAACAAAAGAAAUUGGCCUUUGACCAAAGCACCUAAAAAUAUACCCCUGAAUUAUUCGGAGUCCAGAAUUGUAAAUUGGAAGGAACUUGCACUGUAACCCCACUUUCAUUUUAUUAGUAGCCUGUGAAAAAAUAAAAACACUUGCAGAGGGAAGGCAUUGGUGGCAGAAAGGCAAUAGGAUCCUGGCUUUGUGUUACGUUCAGUGAUCACCUUGCCUGCUUCUUGCAAGUUGGCAUUCUUUUGUCAUGUCAAGAUUAAUUAACUGUAAACACUGUUCCCCUUUGUGUUAUCCUUUGCACAUUUUUCACAUCACAUAUAAGGUAUGUUUUGAGAAGUGUAUACUGCUUACUUUCUUAAUGGACCCAGCCAGAAAGGCUUCCUUCAUCUAUCAACUUACCAAGCCAUUAAUGCCAAUAAAAAUACAAGUUCUUUAGA